AGAGGGAGAAGGGCAGGACUGGAGAGGGACAGGUUGGCGCGGCCCUAAGGGGAAUGGGACUGGGAGCGCCACCGGACCCCCGAGUGGGAGUGCCUCCUUCAGGCCUCCUUUCUGCCUCUCCUCCCUCCCUGCAGAAUGCUGGUGAGUGUGUCAGUGGGUGGGGGUCAUCUCGGGGGCCUGCCGCAGCUUGCUGUCCUUCGGUUCUAGGAUGCCCUGAAGGUUGACCAGGGCCCCUUACAGGACAUCCCAAAGCCGUGGGUGAUUCCAGCCCCCAAAGGGAUCCUGCAGCACAUCUUUGGAACCAGCCAGGUGUUCCAAAGCAUCUGUGAUGUAAAGCCAAAGGUCACGGGGUUAACAGUGCCCCUCAAAGUCAGGGAGUAGUGAGUGACUACCUUGCUUUGGGUUCCCAGAUUCCUGCCCGACACAGCCAUUCACAUACCGUGCAGCUUUGAGCCACUUACUCUCUUCAGGCCUCAGUGAACUCAACUGUCUAAUGGGGCUCUUCCACCUCAGUGGAAACGAGGCUGAUGGCCUGGCUGGACUCCAGCCUGCUCUCCCUGGGCUUCUGUCUACUCCUGCCUCUCCAUCCAGCUCCCUUGCCUCCCACAACCCCCGCCCCAGCCGUAUGCCCUGGGCUGGUCCACAGUCGGGGCCACCCCUCUGCCUGUCCCCACUUUCUCCACAGCUACUCCAGAGGCCAGCAGUGCUUGGAGCAGGCAGACUGGGAGACAGCUGUGCUGUUCUUCUCCCGCGCGCUCCACCUGGACCCACAGCUGGUGGACUUCUACGCCUUGCGGGCCGAGGCCUACCUCCAGCUCUGUGACUUCUCCUCGGCUGCCCAGAACCUGCGGAGGGCCUACUCCUUACAGCAGGACAACUGCAAGCACCUGGAGCGCCUCACCUUUGUGCUGUACCUACAGGGGCAAUGCCUUUUUGAGCAGUGUGCCUUCCUGGAUGCCCUGAAUGUCUUCUCACAUGCUGCUGAGCUCCAGCCUGAGAAAGCGUGCUUCCGUUACCGAUGCAUGGCCUGUCUCCUGGCCCUCAGGCGGCAUCCAGCCUGCCUCUCACUCGUCACCGAGGAGCUGAAGCAGGACCCCACCAGCGACGUCUACAUCCUCCGGGCCAGACUCCACAACUUUCUCCAGAAGCCCCACCUCUGCUACCGGGAUCUGCACGGUGCCUUGCUGUUGAAUCCCAAGCAUCCGCAGGCCAGGAUGCCUCAGAAGAUGGUGGCCCAGGCCCAGCAGGCGCGCCAAGACGCAGCGAUCCUGGCCGUGCAGGGCAGGCUGCAGCACGCACUGCAGCGCAUCAACUGUGCCAUCGAGAACAACCCUCUGGACCCCAGUCUCUUCCUCUUCCGGGGCACCAUGUACCGACGGCUCCAGGAGUUUGAUGGGGCAGUGGAGGACUUCCUGAAGGUGCUGGACAUGGUGACCGAGGAUCAGGAGGACAUGGUGCGGCAGGCGCAGCGCCAGCUGUUGCUUACCUACAACGACCUUUGCCGUGCACUGCUACGGCAGGGCGCCUACCAGGAGGGCGUGCUGCUGCUGAAACAAGGCCCUCCGGGAUGGCAGCAGGAGAAAGGGCUCUACAUCAACCGAGGCGAUUGCUUCUUCCAGCUGGGCAACCUGGCCUUUGCCGAGGCGGACUACCAGCAGGCGCUGGCGCUGGAGCCCAGGGACGAGGGCGCCCACACGCGCAUGGGCCUGCUGCAGGAGAAGAUGGGCUUCUGCGAGCAGAAGCGCAGGCAGUUCCAGAAGGCAGAGGACCACUUCUCCACGGCCAUCCGGCAUAACCCCCAGAAGGCCCAGUACUACCUGUACCGGGCCAAGAGCCGGCAGCUGCUGCAGAACAUUUUUGGGGCACGCCAGGAUGUGGCCACUGUCCUGCUCCUCAACCCCAAGCAACCAAAGCUGUCCCUGCUGAUGACCAACCUCUUCCCGGGCAUGUCUGUGGAGGAGGUGCUUAGCACCCAGAUAGCCCACCUGGCCAGGCUGCAGCUGGAACGGAUGGUGGAGGGCAGCCUGCAGGCCGGCGGCCCACAAGGCAUUGUGGGGAUGCUUAAGCAGUGGGAGUUGGAGCACCAGAAGGCCUUGGCCCUGCAGCGCUCAUGGAAGCAGGGGGAGCCUUUGAUUGAGACCUCCGAGAAGCUGCAGGCCACCCCUGAGAUUCCGCAGGUAGAACCAGGAAGCUCAGAGGGAGAGGCUGAGGCCCCCAAGGAGGAGGAAGAGAAGGAGAAGGAGAAAAAAAGCAUGAUGAGCGUCACUCACGCUGCAGCAGGUAGCAGCAGCCUGCUCCCUGUCACUGGUGCUGCAGAAUAUUCCGUCCUGUGUUUCUCUGUUCUACUGCUGGUAGACAUCAAGUACACUAAUGUUCAAAGGAAACUUUACACAAUUGAAGAGAAGAAACCAAAGCUCACACCUAGCAAGGUGGCAUCCCUGUCUGACAGCUACCUCGACCAGACCUCUUUAGCUUCCAGCAUGAGCUUCAGGACCACAUGCACCUCAGAGACUGAGACGUCGGCUAUCUGCCAGGAAUACAGGAGCACCUCAGCCACCGCCAUGACAUUCUCUGACUCGUCACUGCUGAAGACGCAAUCCUCAGACUCUGGGAACAACAGGGAGGCAUUGAGCCACGGUUCCAGAAAAAUCAAGGACAUCCAGGGCCAGAGGCAGAGCCUUAGCAAGACCCAGGCCACCCAGAGCCAGAGGCAGACCUUCAGCAAGACCACGGCCACCGUACACAGGAGGAACUCCAGCAAGACCAAGGCCACCCAGGGCCAAGGGCGGCGCUCCAGCAAGACCGAGGCCACUCAGGGCAAGAGGCAGAGCUCCAGCGAGAUCGAGACCACCCAGGGCCCAAGGCAGGAGCCCAGCAAGACCAAGACCACCCGGAGCCCAAGGCAGAGGCCCAGAAAGAUCAAGGCUGUUUGUGGCCGGAGCUGGAGACCCAGCAAGGUUGAUGCCACCCAGGGCCGAAGCAGGGGACUGCUCCGAAGUUCCACCAAGACUGAGGCUUUCUAUGACUCAAACUGGAGCCUCAGCAAGACUGAGGAUGUUCAAGGCCAGGGCCAGAGAACCAGCAAGGCUGAGGCUGCCCAGGGCAAGAGCCGGGGCAUGAACUCAACUUCCAGCAAGGCUGAGUCCACCUGGGGACCCAGCCCGAGUCUCAGCAAAACGGAG